AUGGGUGAUGAAGUCAAGGCCGCAAACUACUGGGAUGUAUGGAGGCUCAAGACCAAGGGCAAAGAAUUCACCGUCAACUUUGAAUUCGUGCGCCCUCGGUACCUACAUUGCACCGACUCUCUCUGCCCAGAAAACGAGACCACGAUCCUCGAUCUCGCUUACGAUAGGAUGGGUGGCGACGAAUUCUUGGAUAUCCGCAAGAACUCACCAAACACUCAAGGCAACAACCGCAAGGGCGAGGGCGAGGCCUCGAACAGCAAGCAGCUUGGACGUGCCAUGGUCUUCACCAAUCGAGCCUUGCCUCGCAGCUCGACGACAACACUGACCGCCAGUAGUCUCUCGAGCGCUCGUCUGGCCAGGUUCGUCUUGCCGCAUUUGCCUUGGAUGCUGACCAAUGGUCGAGCUCUUUCAACACGCCGCUGCUCCGCGACGCUUGAAUGCCUACCGCAACUCAACAUCUGCACUGGUCCGCCCCGCUCGACGGCGGAGUCGUCUCCUCUCUGCCGGCCCGGCGAGUCUGCCUCGACUGCUACGGCUGCGCCAUCCGACUUGCCCCCCUUCCGCCCUCCGACGCCAGCAAAGUCUGAUCACACCGUUUUUGUGUGCGUGCGAGCGGCGUUGAACAGUCCCAAUACAUUCCGCGUCUCAAAACCGUCCAGAGUACCUCCGAACGCGAUUGUGCCCAUGCGUCGUCACGCAAAUCAUCUCUCAGCCUUCUCUUCGAUGCCUCAGAAUUUCGCACUACCGCCCGCUUCACUGCCUGUCGUCUCCGCAUGUCUGACAGCAGCGCAGAGUCGCAUCGAGUUCGAUGCGCGCGCUGUUUCUCUGUGA